AUGGUGGAAAGAAGAAGAAAGCCUCUGAUACUGUGUUCCACUAAACAUGUCAUCAAUUCCACUGUUCCAACCACCAAUCUCUUCAACCAUGAUUCUUCUCCCUCCUUCUUCCGUUUUCCCGUUGGAAUCCUCCGAUUCUCCAACGUCACAAAUCCCUCUCUUGACCACUCUUCCCUCCUCGCCCUCUCCACCCCUCUUCUUAAAACCCUCUCCAUCACUGCAGGCUCACCGGUUCUUGUCAAGAAUGUUGACACAAACACACAGAAAAUUGCAGUGGCUAUUGCUCUUGAUCCACCAGGCACCACCACUAAUUCAGACUCUCCUUCUUCUUCUAUUUCUUCUUCUCAAAUAAUGCUUCUUUUUCCUUCUUGUUAUUUUCCUUUUAAUGGUUCUGAGUUGGAUGAUCAAAUAGCUUUUGUAUCUCCUCUCUUAGCCUUUAACCUUAACUUGCACGUGACGUGCUUAAAAUCCAUUCUUCGCCACGGACAAGAGGCUUUGGCUUCUUAUUUCGAACCUCAAGGUAAAAGGGGUGAUGAGAACGCUGCUAAACGCACCGUGGAUUCUGUCAUCAACGUGGAAUUGGAACCACUUGCUCUGCCUCCAAAAUUUGCCUCUCUUCUGAGGGUUUCUUUUGUGAAGAUACCAGAAUGUGGCAUCCUUGAAUCCAUUAGAGCAAGUUCACCUUUUGAGUCACAAGAGCGGCAAGACAUGAUCGACUUAGCAUUGCGAAAGUACUUUGAAGUCGAUAGAUACUUGUCCAAGGGAGAUGUUUUUGGGAUUAACAUAAGUUGGAACUGCAAUUCCCCCAUUUGCGUUCCUUGUAAUCAAAGAUCAUUAAAUAAAAAUGACAAUCUUAUCUGUUUCAAGGUUGUUGGUAUGGAACCAUCAGAUGAACCGGUUUUUCGUGUCAAUAGCACCUUAACUGCUCUUGUGCUGGUAGGGAGUUCUCCAUCCGCACUCCCUCCAGAUUUGUUAAUUGGUGGACCUGAAGGACCUGUGCCUUUGCGAGGGGACACUGUGAACAUAUUGGCUUCCAUACUUACACCAACUUUCUGUCCAUCAGUUCUUUCUUCCAAGUUUAGAGUUUCUGUACUAUUGUAUGGCUUGGCAGGUUGUGGGAAGAGGACUGUUGUUAGAUAUGUUGCUAGUCGACUUGGCCUGCAUGUGGUGGAAUAUAACUGUCACGAUCUUAUGGUAUCUGAAAGAACAUCUGUUGCUCUAGCACAAGCUUUCAAGACGGCUCGAAGAUACUCACCAGCAAUUCUUCUUCUUCGUCAUUUUGAUGUUUUUCGAGAAUCUCAAUCGCCCGAGAGUUCACCACAAGACCAAAGAGGGAAUACAUCUGAAGCUGCAUCUGUUAUUAGGAAAUUCACUGAGCCAGUCAGUGAACAUGAUGAUAGUAAUUCCCUGGGGAAAUCACACGUUGAAUCUGUGGAGAAGAAUGUUGAAAAGGCAAGUGGGCAUCAGGUCCUAUUGAUAGCUGCUGCUGACAGUUCAGAAGGUCUGCCUUCAACUAUCAGACGCAGUUUUAGCCAUGAAAUAAGCAUGGGGCCUUUGACUGAAGAGCAAAGAGCUGAAAUGUUAUUACAGUCAUUGCAAAGUGUUUCUGAACUCCUCUCCAAUACUGAUUCAGAAGCUUUAGUAAAAGAAAUAGUUGGACAGACAUCUGGUUACAUGCCCAGGGAUAUACGUGCUUUAAUUGCUGAUGCUGGUGCCAACUUAUUUUCCAGAAAUAAAGCUAAAGUAGACAAAGAUGUAUCUGAUGAUGUAGAUAGUUCUUCUAAUUCCAAGAAGGCAGAGGACGAUAAUCACAGGAAAGUUUCACAUCAGAUUCCUGGGAAAGAAGACUUGUUGAAUGCUUUGGAGCGAUCAAAGAAAAGAAAUGCAUCAGCAUUGGGUACUCCAAAGGUUCCAAACGUGAAAUGGGAAGAUGUUGGUGGGCUAGAAGAUGUCAAAAAAUCAAUUCUGGAUACUGUUCAGUUACCUCUCCUGCAUAAAGAUCUAUUUUCAUCUGGAUUACGCAAGCGAUCUGGUGUUCUUUUGUAUGGACCCCCUGGUACUGGCAAAACAUUAUUAGCAAAAGCUGUUGCUACAGAAUGUUCCUUAAAUUUUCUUAGUGUGAAGGGUCCUGAACUGAUCAACAUGUACAUUGGAGAGUCUGAAAAGAAUGUUCGAGACAUUUUCCAGAAGGCCAGAUCAGCACGUCCAUGCGUCAUCUUCUUUGAUGAGCUUGAUUCUCUUGCACCAGCUCGGGGUGCUUCUGGAGAUUCUGGGGGUGUUAUGGACAGAGUGGUUUCUCAGAUGCUUGCAGAAAUUGACGGCUUAAGUGAUUCAACACAGGAUCUGUUUAUUAUAGGUGCAAGUAAUAGACCAGAUUUGAUAGACCCAGCACUUCUGCGCCCUGGUCGAUUUGAUAAACUACUAUAUGUUGGAGUUAACUCUGAUGCAUCUUACAGGGAACGGGUGCUGAAAGCUCUUACACGAAAGUUCAAAUUGCAUGAAGAUGUCUCACUUUACUCCAUUGCAAAAAAAUGUCCACCAAACUUCACUGGUGCAGACAUGUAUGCGUUGUGUGCAGAUGCUUGGUUCCAUGCUGCAAAGCGUAAAGUUCUGAGUGCAAAUCCAGAGUCUUCCACCAAAGAUAAUGAAGAAGAUUUUGUUGUUGUUGAAUACAAUGACUUUAUCCAGGUCUUAGAAGAGCUGUCGCCUUCCCUCUCUAUGACUGAGCUUAAGAAGUACGAGAAACUGAGAGAUCAGUUUGAAGGCACCACUAAAUGA